GUCGCCUGUCUUAGAUUGGUUUCCCACCUCUCCAGAAUUUCGAAUCCUUAUUCUCUCUAAACCCCGGUUGCUUCUUUGCUCGCGCGCGACGGACAGAGCAAGUAUGAGAACUGUGAAGCGGGAACGCAAUACUAGCAGCGCAGCCCUCGGAAUGGGAAGGGUCAGCAGUGGAGGAGGAGGAGGUGGAAGAAGGGACCGAGUUCUCAGGGAAAUAAAGCGGGAGCAAAUCCGAGUUAACUCGGAGACGGCGACGGCUGCCGAGGAGGAGCCGCGUGUCGAAGAACGGAGAAUCCUUCGCUCCAAGUAUCGAGCCCUGCGCCAUAGAAUUGACGAGGAGAAGGACGAUUUGACGAAUGUGGAUUCGAAGAUGUUCAAUUCGUUCAUCAAGGAGUGGAGUUUGACACUCUGCAUAAACACGCCCAGGGAGCAGGUUGCUGAUGCUGAGGCAUUGCUGGGAUUAACUACCACGUUGGUUACCUCUGUGAAGUCGCGUUCGAGUGAAGGUAUUACAGUUGGAGGGUUUGUGGCUCAAUUGAUCAACUCUUUUGGGCAAUCCACACCGACAUUGGGCGAUGAAGAGAACUCCCCAGUUUCAAUCAGGUGGAAGGAGAUUGGGCUAUUUGUUUCUCCUGCGUUUAAGAGUUGCAGUGGGUUCAGCACCAUGUUUGGGCCAAUGAACACUGAGAUGAAACAAAGGAAGCAUAAUGUAACUCAGAGGCCUCGAACGAGGCUGGGGCAAAGUACACGUCCUAAAGAAGUUGAUGAUACUGGGGCAGAAGAGAGAACAGAUACUGAUAAAAAUAUGGCUGCUAUGUUUGGGAUCUUAAAGAUCAAGAAACGUGCAAGGCUUGAUUGUUUGAUCCUAAAUAGGAAAUCGUUUGCCCAGACUGUGGAGAACCUGUUUGCACUUUCUUUCUUGGUGAAAGAUGGCAGAGUUGAGAUUGUUGUGGAUGAAGAUAGCAAUCAUUUCGUCUUACCAAGAAAUGCACCAGCUUCUGAGUCUGUAAUGUCGAAGGAGGUAGCAUACAGGCAUUUUGUCUUCAGAUUUGGCUUCAGAGAUUGGCAGAUGAUGAUGGCUGGGGUACUUGAUGGUGAAGAACUCAUGCCCAAUAGAGAUACAGACUCCUCUGCUGCUGACAUGAGCCAAGAUUCUGCUGCUGACAAUAUGGGCCCAGGUACUACUGGCCACACUGAAGGCGCACAACCUCGAACACCAAUACGUAAACUGACCAGAAACCGUGGGCUUGUUGUCCAAAAUGACACAGUGGAGGAGACUCCACAACCACAAGAAGAAGAGGAAGAUGAAACUGGUGCUCGAAAUGGCCUCCAUCAAUGUAAGCGUAGACUUGUAUAAGGGAGACAAUGUGGGUUUUAUGUGUAUUACAUAUUUAUUUAUAUUAGAUCUUACGCAGUUGACUGUAUGGUUGUGUUUGGGUUACAACAUUCAAUUUGGAUCUGUCUUGAUCUGGUGUCUAACAUAAAUAAAAUAGCCUGAUGAAACGUACACUAUUUAUUUAGUUCUUGCUGGAAUGGACUUGGGUUUUGACUUUUGAGCCAUAGGAAGUCUUAGGAUCCAUCGUUUGAUUGUAAAAAAGAGGGCAGAGUUGU